AUGGACAGAGGAGCCUGCUUACUCCACAUGAUAGAAGGCAGUCUCUGUGAUGAAGACAUGGAGCAGUUUGCUAGCCUGGUGACGCUAAGACCCAAAAGACCUGCACCUGCAACUGCAAGUGAAGAUGAUUUGGAUGUCUGGGAUUCCUACCUUCCUCUGAGCACCAGUUCCUGGACUCAUCACUGCGUCAGUGAGGCUGCCUGCUGCUGUUCACGACUCCUCGCUCCUCUUACUAGCUUGGGGCGGAAGCCAGUGAUUCAUGAGGGACCCCGUCUGUCACCUGGUCAGUGUACUACAGCAGAAAUACAAGUUCUAGCAUCUGACUAA